GAAGUCAACAUGUCCAAAGCAACGACAAUUAAAGAAGCCCUUAAACGGUGGGAAGAACGUGAACAACAAAAUGCCACACAGGCCACCUGUAUUGAGUUGCAAUUUCAAUGGCCACCAAUAGAAAAAAUGGACAAUACCUUAGGUACACUGGUCAAUUGUGAACGCCUCAGUCUUUCCACCAACAUGAUUGAGAAAAUAUUCGGUUUAAAUGGCAUGAAAAAUCUUCGUGUCUUGUCGUUAUCAAGGAAUUAUAUUAAACAAAUAUCGGGUUUGGUAAGUUGGAAUAAUAAAUUACGAUCUGUCGCUGAGACCCUUGAAGAACUUUGGUUAAGCUAUAACCUAAUAGAGAAACUCAAAGGCCUCACGGCUCUCAAAAAAUUAAAGGUCUUAUAUAUUAGCAAUAAUUUGAUAAAGGAUUGGUCUGAAUUUAAUCGUUUACAAGAAUUGGAAACAUUGGAAGAUUUAGUUGUUGUCGGCAAUCCCAUUUCGGAGGGCAUGGAUGAGGCCACCUGGAGGGCUGAGUGCAUUAAACGUUUGCCAACAAUAAAGAAAUUAGACGGGGAACCGGUGGUUUUAAAUGAAGAACCGACAUUAUAA